CAUAGCAACAAUCGCUAUGGAAGCGCAGCUUGACCCGGAAAUCGUCUUUGUGGGACGAGUGAUCAGUUCCUGUUUUCUCGCUGUGUGUUCAAACUCAAGAGUCACGGCCGCAGCAGUUCUCGCCCUCAUGGCAAAUCGACCCUGUAGAAAAAUGGCGAGUUGUGUGUUAAUUCUGGAAACCGAACUUCACUCUUUCAUGGAGGUUUUACUCAAGUCGAUCGUGCAUGAAGUGUCAGAGGUUUUCAGAAACAGGAUGUCUGACUUCGAGGACGAGUUUCAAGACAAACUCCGAAGCGUCGGCCGGGUUCUGGUGCGACGGGCCGUGCUGAGAAUCACGCAAUGUGUGGAGGACAGUGUCGGGGGUGAGAUCGCGCAGAUGAAGAAGGAAAACGAGAGCCUGAAGUGCAGAUUGCAGCUGUGGGAGAAGGAGCCGGGGGCAGGAGGAGAUCGGGGACAGAGAGAUCGUGUUGGGUACACGCUUCCCCGUGAAGUCACUGCAGGAAUAAAGGCAGAAAUGGACACGGAACCGGAGCUGCCAGGGUCAGAGGUCAGUGCUCUCCCUGAUGCUGGGGAAAGGGCUUUUCUUGGACAGCAGCCCAGUGAGGAGGAGAUGGGCUCCACUCUGAUGCAGGAGACAGAGCUCACUGCUGCAGGAGGGAAAGAGACACUCAGUGCCCAGCACACAGAGAGCGGACAGAGUGGUGAGGAUCUGGACUCUGUGCCCAGGAUGAAGACCGAGACUGAGAGCGAGACACCUGGGCUCUCAGUAUCUGAUGACUUUGCCGAGAAAUAUUUUAAUCUGGACAUGAAGAAUGUUGCAAAGCAACAUUUUAAUGAACAGAAGUCUGUGUCUGCACAAGAGCUCAAAGAAGAGGAAAUGGAUGUUUUAAACCUUGCAGAGCAGGACAUGCGUCCCCAGUUGAUUUAUACUAAAGAACAGAGAUGUGAUGUUGAUGGCAAAGACGACAUUACUGAGUUACAGCACGCAGAGAGGGGUCAGUACCGGGGGGACUUGCAAAGAGAGAAGCCGCCGAGGGUCAGGAAGAGUCAGCCCAGGCCUUCCACAGUUGAAAUGGAGAAACUAUCACCACAGCACAGACAGCAACAGCAUUUCUGUCCGUUAAACACUUCAGAUAGCCACCAGAGGAUCCCUGCAGGAGUGAAACCAUUCAGCUGCAGUCAGUGUGGGAAGAGUUUUAGCCAGUUAGGAAACUUAAAAAUCCACCAGCGCAUUCACACAGGAGAGAGACCGUUCAGCUGCAGUCAGUGUGGGAAGAGUUGUAGUACAUCAGGCAACUUAAAAAUCCACCAGCGCACUCACACAGGAGAGAGACCGUUCAGCUGCAGUGAGUGUGGGAAGAGCUUUAGUUCGUCAUGCACCUUAAAGAAGCACCAGCGCACUCACACAGGGGAAAGGCCGUUCAGCUGCAGUCAGUGUGGGAAAAGCUUUAGUAAUUCAAGCCAUUUAAAAACUCACCAACGCAUACAUACAGGAGACAGACCAUUCAGCUGCAGUCAGUGUGAAAAGAGCUUUAUUGAGUUAAGAAAAUUAAAAAGGCAUCAGCUGAUUCACAGUGGAGAGAAGCCUUUCAUCUGUAGCCAGUGCGGGAAGAGGUUUAUUGACUUAACACGAUUAAAAAGGCAUCAGUUCACUCACACAGGAGACAGACCAUUCAGCUGCAGUGAGUGUGGGAAGAGCUUCAUGGAUUUAACCCAAUUAAAAAGGCAUCAGCUCACACACACGGGAGAGAGACCGUUCAUCUGCAGUCAGUGUGGCAAAAGUUUUAGUCAGGUAGGCACCUUAAAAAACCACCUGCGCACUCACACGGGAGAGAAACCAUUCGGCUGCAGUGAGUGUGGGAGGGGCUUUAUUGAUUUAACACAGUUAAAAAGGCAUCAGCUCAUCCACACAGGAGAGAGACCGUUCAGCUGCAGUCAGUGUGGCAAGAGUUUUCGACAGCUAGGCAGUUUAAACACUCACCAGCGCACUCACACAGGGGAAAAACCAUUCGGCUGCAAUCAGUGCGGCAAGAGUUUUAGUCAGUUAAGCAACUUAAAAACCCAUCAGCGCACUCACACAGGAGGGGAGCGGUUCAGCUGCAGUCAGUGUGGGAAGAGCUUUAUUGAUUUGACACAAUUGAGAGGGCAUCAGCUCACUCACACAGGAGACAGACCGUUCAGCUGCUCAGUGUGGGAGGAGUUUUAGACAGUUAGGGAGCCUAAAAAGACACCUACAUGUCCACGAAGAACAGAAGCUGUUCAGCUGCCGUGUGGGAAGAGUGUAUCAAGUGGUUUAA